CCCACCCACGGCAGAGAUGGUUUCUGUGAGGCUCCUCUGCCUGGUCCUGAGUGUGAUGGGUGCAGUUCAGGCGGCAGAUCCCAGUGAAGGUGAAUUUAUCGCUGAAGGAGGAGGUGUGCGUGGCCCAAGGCUUGUGGAAAAAGAGCAGUCUGCCUGCAAAGAGUCGAACUGGCCCUUCUGCUCUGAUGAAGACUGGAACUACAAAUGCCCUUCUGGCUGCAGGAUGAAAGGAUUGAUUGAUGAAGUCAAUCAAGAUUUUACAAACAGAAUAAAUAAACUAAAAAAUUCACUAUUUGAUUAUCAGAAGAACAAUAAGGAGUCUAACACAUUGAUCAGGAAUAUAAUGGAUAUUUUGAGAGGGGAUUUUGCCAAUUCUAAGAACAAUGAAAAUACAUUUAGCCAAGUGUCAGAAGAUCUGAGAAGGAGAAUUGAGAUUCUGAAGCGCAAAGUUAUAGAACAAGUACAGCAUAUCCACCUUCUGCAGAAAAAUGUCAGGGAUCAGCUGAUAGAUAUGAAACGACUGGAGGUGGACAUUGAUAUUAAGAUCCGAUCUUGCAAAGGGUCAUGCAGUAGGGCUUUAGAACAUAAAGUAGAUCUGGAAGACUAUAAAGAUCAGCAGAAGCAACUUGAACAGGUUAUUGCCAUAGACUUACUUCCCUCCAGAGACAGUCAAUAUUUACCACUGAUAAAAAUGAGGCCAGUUCCAGGCCCGAUUACCAGAGAGUUCAAGAGCCAGCUUCAGGAGGCCCCUCCAGAGUGGAAGGCACUGCUGGAAAUGCAGCAGAUGAAAAUGGAGUUAGAGAGGUUUGGUGGAGAUGGGCAUGCCAGAGGAGAUUCUGCAUCUCAUGGAACAGGAUCAACACCAGAAAGCCCCAGGAAGCCUGGAACUGGUAGUAUUGGAAACGUGAAUCCUGGGAUCUAUGGAGCUGGAGGUGCUGGCACUUGGAACACUGGCCAUCCUGAUCCCGGAAACGCUGGCACUUGGAACACUGGACACCCUGAUCCUGGAAGUGCUGGCAUUUGGAACACUGGACACCCUGAUCCUGGAAGUGGUGGCAUUUGGAACACUGGCCAUCCUGAUCCUGGAAGUGCUGGCACUUGGAACACUGGACGCCCUGAGUCCGGAGGUUUUGGCACUUGGGGCUCUGGAAGUUCUGUGUCUGCAAGUUUUAGGCCAGAUAGCUCAGGGCAUGGGAACAUCAGGCCUUCCAACCCAGAUGUGCCCUGGGGCACAUUUGAAGAGGUGUCAGGAAAUGUAAGUCCAGGGACAAAGAAAGAGCUCCACACAGGUAAACUGGUCACUGCUAAAGGAGAUAAAGAGCUUCUGAUUGGUAGUGAGAAGGUCACUUCUGGUCGCACAACCACCACUCGUCGUUCAUGCUCUAAAGUCAUCACAAGGACUGUUACACAUGCCGAUGGUCACACAGAAACAACCAAAGAAGUGGUAAACUCUGAAGAUGGUUCUGACUGUAGUGACACAGAUUUGGACUUGCCUGGCAGGGGUAGCCUAGAUGAUUUCUUUCGUAGGCACAAUGAUGGUUUUUUCUCCUCUACGUUAAAAGAGCUUGACAGUAAGAUCCAUUCUAUGGGCUCAGACUUAGGGGAUAUCGGCUCUCACCACCGCGGCAUACCUGAGGUCUCUUCCAGUAGUAAAACUUCAAGUCAUGGCAAAGAGUUUGCAAGCAGUAGCAUGACUAUCAACAGAGGAGGCUCCACGUUUGAAAGCAAGGGCUAUAAAAUGGCAGAUGAGGCCGGAAGUGAAGAGGAUCUUGGCUUCAAAGGAGCACAUGCCACCAAGAGAGGCCAUGCUAAAACUCGCCCUGCCAGAGACUGUUAUGAUGCCCUCCAAACACAUCCUUCAGGUGCCCAAAGUGGCAUUUUCAAUAUCAAGCUACCGGGAUCCAGUAAGAUUUUUUCUGUUUAUUGUGAUCAAGAGACCAGUUUGGGAGGAUGGCUUUUGAUCCAGCAAAGAAUGGAUGGCUCACUGAAUUUUAACCGGACCUGGCAAGACUACAAGAAAGGUUUCGGCAGCCUAAAUGACAAGGGAGAAGGAGAAUUCUGGCUAGGCAACGAAUACCUCCACUUACUAACCCUGAGAGGCUCCAUCCUUCGGGUUGAAUUAGAAGACUGGGCUGGGAAAGGGGCUUAUGCAGAAUAUCACUGGAGGGUAGGCUCUGAGGCAGAAGGCUAUGCCCUGCAGGUCUCCUCCUAUGAGGGCACGGCAGGUGAUGCUCUGAUUGAGGGUUCUGUAGAGGAAGGGACAGAGUACACUUCUCAUGCUGGCAUGCGCUUCAGCACCUUCGACAGGGAUGCAGACAAGUGGGAAGACAACUGUGCCGAAGUCUACGGAGGAGGCUGGUGGUACAACAACUGCCAAGCAGCCAAUCUCAAUGGCAUCUACUACCCCGGGGGCUCCUAUGACCCCAGGGACAACAGUCCCUAUGAGAUUGAGAAUGGAGUGGUCUGGGUCCCCUUCAGAGGUGCCGAUUAUUCCCUCAGGGCUGUUCGCAUGAAAAUCCGGCCCUUUGGGACACAAUAG